AUUUUUUUAAAUAAAAAAUUUGACAAUUAAAUAAAUCGAAGUAAUUUUUAAAAUAAUGAAUAAUAAACUACGGCCUGAUUUGCAGAACAUUAUUGAUCAAUUUCUCGACCUAACUGCUGUUAUUUUUCAGGAUCAUCAGGUAUUAAAGAAGAGUCUUACUGCUCGAGAAGAAAUAAACAAUUCGCUGAUUAUGGCUUCUAAUAGAGCCCAGAAACAAUUGGAUAUAUUAAUACCACAAGUCGAAAAUUUUCUUGAGUAUGCCAAAAAGAAGAUAAAAGAACAAAAAACUAGAAUUCGCCUGCUGGAGGACGAAAUAGAGAUAACUCAGUGUGAAAAUUCGUUGACUGAAGAAAAGCGUCGAGAAGAAAUAGAUAAUUUGACUAAAGCUCACGAAAGUCAACUGGAGAAUUUAAAGACAAAUUACGAGGGAGAAAUAAGGCGAUUACAACUCACUAUAGAGUCUCAGAAGAAAUCAAUUGACAAAUUGACGGUACAAGCAAAGAAAAAUUCAAAUUUGGAUCAUCCGGCGUUCCAAGCUCCUUUUAAGCCUCUGAAGAAACCAAAGGCCAAAAAAUCGACAGUUCAAGCAUUCAAUUGGCCGAGUCUCGAUGUUGAAGUGUCUCAGUCAAUUAAAAAUAACGAAGAGAUUGCGGUGAAGAAAAAACGGAGAUUGUACACUCCAGAUGAUGAGAAUAUUUUAGACAUUGAUAUAGAUACUUUAAGUGAUGAUUCUUAAUAUCUUUAUUUGAUAAGCAUUUAUUAAAAAAAUAGUUUAUUUUUAACAAAAGUUAUUAGCAAUUAUCAAAAAAAGUUUAGUAAUUUUAAACUUUGGUCCAUACCGUUUAAAUAAUGUUAAAGUA